AAAAUAAAUGUUCUAAUUUCCAUCAUUGUUUAUAAUUCUUUAAUAAUAAAUCAUAAUACUCAUAGCUGUUUUUUUUAGUUGAAUAAUAAUAAUUGUUAACAAUAAACUAUAUCGAUAUAAAAUAUAUCAACAAUUUUUUUUCUUUAUACUCCUUAGGUAUUCUAGACAAACAUAAAUUUUAAGAAUUUUCCUAUUCCAGUAAAAUAAAUUAAUUCUAUAAAACUAAUAACUAUCACUUGCAAUGGAAAAUCCAGAAAAUUCAACCUCAAAAGUGGGAUCUUUAGAAGAUGAAGCACGCAAACGAAAGGAGCGUUUAGCAAAUCUAAAAAAAAACCUAACUAAUAAAAAUGAAUCAAAAAAUGCUGAAGAAAUUGUGGAUAAACCUUUACCAAGACCAAAGUUUAAGAGUUAUAUACCCGAGGAUGAAGGCCUUAAGGAAACACUUAUACCAACACCUCAACCGGGCGAUAUUGUUGCUGAAGUUGAAGACCAAUUAAAGGCUGGAGAAACUGUAUUUACUGUUCAAGAAUUGGAUUUAAAUACAUUGGCACCAAGGAAACCAGACUGGGAUCUGAAAAGAGAUAUUGAAAAACGAAUGGCCAGACUUGAAAGACGAACUCAUAAAGCAAUUGCUGAAUUAAUACGUGAACGACUUAAAGGUGAACAAAAUCUCGAUUUAGCAUCAGCUGUCAAUGAAGGAGCUAGAGCAAAUGCUACGCUCGAUGUCGAUGAAGAGUAACAAUCGUUUAUGCUCCAAAAAUGUCUGUCUAUUAUAUUUUUACUAAAUUUUGACAUGUAAAUAAACUAAAUAAAUACUAAUUGUAAUGUAUAA